CUGGUCGUGUGAGGUGGCCUCUUGGCUGGAGCCUGACCACCUAACUUCCUGUUUUUCUUCCAGCUGCCUCCUCCCCUCCCUCCGCUCUGGGCUGGAACUAAGCUGGGGGAGGAAGGAGGAGCAGCAAAGUUGGCUAGGGUCUCUUGUCUGAUUCCCUGCAGGCUGGGGGCCAGGAAGGCCUCCCUAACCAAGCAGGCGGGAACACAUAUAGCCCUGAGUCGGAUUGUUGCCUCUCAGCACUUGCUCUUCUGGCCACAGCAGGAGCGGGAGGCUCCUGGAAAACCCCAGCUCCUCGCCAGCUCUUCCAUGAGCACACCCUGGUCCUGGGGCCUGAGAUCUCUCCAUGCAGGAGCAGUCAAGAACUCCAGAGGCGGCAGCAAUGAGGACUACACCACCCGCCCCACCACCUCCAGCCCCGCCGCCCAGCCAGCCGUUGGUUCCUUCACUACCAGUGUUUGUGGAUCAUGCGAAACAACCAAGCAAGGAACUCAUUAAGCCCAAAGCAAUUUUAGGGCGCCCAGUAGAGAGACCAACGGACUCUGCUGCUGCUGAUGCUGCUGGUGCUGCUGGUGCUGCUGGUGCUUUUGGUGCUGUUGGUGCUGUUGAUGCUGUUGGUGCUGUUGGUGCUGUUGGUGCUGCUGACGAGUGCCCGGGACCAGGUGCCAGGGGAGUUGCAGUCAAAAACCAUCGUUGUCAGCGGAUCCGAGCCAGCCGAGAAGCAGGCUCACAGUUUGCCAUGGAGGGCUUGGAUGAUAAACUGAUCCUGAACGUGGGGGGCAUGCGCCAUGAGACCUACAUCAGCACUGUGCGGGCCUUUCCAGGCACCCGUCUCUACAAGCUGACCGAACCACCCCCGCCUGGCACCCCAGCUGCUCAGGGUCCACCAGUUCGAGAGUUUUUCUUUGACCGAAAUCCCGAACUCUUUGGCUACGUGCUGGGCUACUACCGUACUCGGCAGCUGCACUGCCCUGCCAACGUUUGUCGGGAUGUCCUAGAGGAGGAGUUGGCUUACUGGGGCCUGGCAGAAGCGCCACUGGCACCUUGUUGCUGGCUCAAGCUCAGUGGCAAGGAGACCCGAACCCAGGACUUUCUGUCUUGGGAAGCCUGUGAGAAUGCCCACAUGGAUGAACGCCUUCUGCUGAACCCCAUCGAAGGCCAGGGACUGCGGAAUGCUUGGAAGCCAUGGCUCUGGGUGCUUCUUGACCAGCCCCAGUCUUCCCUAGGGGCCAAGUGCCUUUCCCUGAUCUCCACACUCUUUGCCGUGUGUGCUCUGGUCAUCUUCUUCCAGGAGACGGAGGUCCAGCUGGAUUACUUCUCUGCCAACUUCACUCCUAUGGGACAUGGGGUAGGGGUGGGGGAAAACCAUCGGCAGCAGCAGAACAAUGGUCUUGUUUACCGCCGUGCCCCCCACCUGCUCUACCUGGAACUGCUUUGUGCCCUUUGGUUUGGAACUGAGCUCUUUGCCCGGGCCAUUUCCUGCCCUGAUAAGGUGCGCUUCCUGUGUAGCCCUCUCAAUCUUGCUGACAUUUUCUGUCUGUUCCCUGUGCUGGUGGAAUUAGUGGUGGGUGACAAGGCUGAACAGCAACCACGUCUCAGCCUAACACUUGGGGCCAUUCGUUCUCUCUAUGUCCUCAAGCUGGUUCGUCUCUUGGGCUUCCUUGAAAAGUCCCUGGCCAUGAGAGUCCUGGUCCACACCCUUCAUUCUUCUUGGAAGGAGGUGUGUGCCUUUCUCCUGAUUUGGGUGGCUGAGAUCUUAUUCUUUGGCUUGCUCUUCCUCUAUGGAGAGCUUUUGGGCAUGUCCACCCCAGGUCAGGGUGAGCCCCACUUUGGAGACAUCUUUACAUGUCUCUGGUGGACUGUCAUAACUCUUACCACUGUUGGGUAUGGAGAUGUCUACCCCCUCUCUGCUCUGGGCCAGCUCACUGCUGCUGUCACAGCCACUGUGGGCAUGUGCACUGGUGUCUUGCUGGUUCCUGUGCUCCUGGUCCGUUUCCAGCGCUAUUAUGCUGUAGCCCUGGCCCGCCAGAAACUGAGGCCUAGUGGGAUUCUGUGAUGGGCCCAUUGGUCAAAAGGUGGACCCCACCUUCCCUUCCUUCCUCUUGCCAGUUUUUGGUUACAGAUAAGGAUUUCUGGCCUUAGAUUUGGCACAGAAUUUUUGAAGAGUAAUCCCAGGUCAUGGCAAUCUCUGCUAGUUAGUAUUAGCUAGCCAUGGCCUGAAGGGUAGACUCUACCACCCCACCCCCACCAUUAUCAGGGAUGGGUGGGAGCCUGAAGGAAAAAAGGGUUAGGGGAAGGCCAGCUAGGCCUCAGCUUCUCUCUGCUCCACCCUAGGCCUUUCUCUUAAUCCUGAAGUGACCAGGAAUGGUAGAGUAUAGUUCUUCCUGAAUUCCUGGAUUGGUGCUAAAUCCCCCUCUCAACCAGUUCUCCCCUCCCAUCCCCUUAUUGAUGUUCCCCAUACCUUCAACUAGAUCAUAGUUUAGAUGGGGAACCUUUAGUGAUGGUAGUAGUGAGAUAUUAAUAUCAUUCACCCAUUGAUAGUGGAUAUCAAUGAUGAUUGGCUGUGGGUAUUGAUAGUAACUGUCUGUGAAUAUCUCACAACAACUGGUUAUGAAUAUUGAUGAUAAUCAGUACCAGCAAUGCCCAGGCAUAGCCAGAUUGUAGCAUUGGUCUCUAUUACUGGUCCUGGGACAAAUGCUCCUUAGAGCCAUAAGGAGGCCUUUGGAGAUUCUCAGAGACUAAACAGAGGCGGGUCAGCCAGGUCUGAACCCGGGAAAGCUCUCUAACUCCAUAACGUCCUCUUCAUCCCAUUGUAUCUCUCCCUACUCCUUCCCUCUUUUCCCAUCUCUGUGAUUUUUAAAAUAAUAUUUUAGAUAUAGUAUUAACCAUCAUUAACCACAAUAUAUUAGUCAAUAUUAACCACACUAUCUCAGCUACAAUAACACUAUAUAGUCACUAGUAGACAUGAAAUGUUAUUGCUACACAUUACAUGAACGGGAUUGAGGAAAUUGGAUUUGUUGGCAAGAGUAGGCAAGCAAUUUCCUCUUCCAUAUAUUUUUUAACAUUUGUUUGGAUAUACUCAUUUAUAAUUCUUUUUAAUUUUUUCCAAACACUUUUCAGUACCCACAACGGGUCUACCUCCAAUCCUAGCUGCUAUUGAAUAUUCCCACCUUUCCAUGUCUUCUUCUCCUGUCCUUCCUCCUUUUUCUACUGCCUGCCUGCUCUUCGCUCCUGGCGUCUCCUGUGGUGCCAACAACCAUAUACCUCUCCUGGAACUGGCUUCCAGGAGGGAGAGAAGGGACCUAUUCAGGUCUGACUUCAAGUGAAGCCACUGGGGUGUGUGAGGAAGUGCUCCAGGCAACUGGGCUGAGCAGGGAGGUAGAACUGAACUCUCACUGUUGCUGAAGCUGUGAGUAUAAUUCUGUUUACAAAACUUUUAAAUAAAGUAUCUUUUGAACUCUCCA